AUGGAGAUGCUUAAUGCGUUACAAGUGAGCAUUCCUUUUUGUGAUGCUUUGGAACAAAUGUCGAUUUAUGCUAAAUUCAUGAAGGAAUUGUUCAAUGGUAAGCACAAGUUUAGGGAUGACAUAAAUGUUGCUUUAGUAGAGGAAUGUAGUGCAAUUAUUCAACGUAAACCACCACUUAAGCUAACGGAUCCAGGAAGAUUUACUAUUCCGAUCUCUAUAGGUCCACUAAAAAUUGGCAAGGCAUUAUGGGAUCUAGGAGCAAGCAGAAACUUGAUGUUGUUAUCUAUGAUGAGGAAACUAAAUUAUGGAGAAUUGAAACCUACAAAAAUGACUUUGACUUUAACCGACCGAUCUGUCACUUAUCCCUAUGGGGUUCUAUAA